AUGGAAUCCGAUGAAUCGGACAAUGAGCCUCUGUCCGUUUUGGCAAAUGCUAAGAAAGCGCAUCCAGGCGAUUUCGCCAACGAAGAUGAAAGCAAGGGACUGUUGAAGAACCUCGCUAUAACUAUCAAAUUAAACCGAAAUACAUCAGCCGUACCAUCUGUGGUCCAACGACCAACUGAUGUUUGGCUUUAUUUGAAAGAUUUCAAUACAACGGGACCAUACAGUUGUUUGUUAUGUUCCGAUUGGUUUAUUAAUAGGCCAAAAAUUAUUAUGCACUAUGUCUUAAAUCACAAAAAGGAUUUUUGUGGCAUAUGCAGAUACUUUGUUCCUGACAGACAAGCCUGGAUUGAGCAUGAAUCAUUUCACAUUCCGUGGCCAUGUUCACAAUGCAUUGCAUCAUUUCCAACUGAAGAAUUGUUACGAGACCACUUUAGAAACAACCACAAUCUCGUACACUGCCGUCUCUGUCAUUUUAGAGUACCUGCUGAUAACAACUAUGAUACACAUCUGUUGCAAAAGCAUAAUGUGUCAAAUGUCUCAUGUAUUUAUGGAUCUAUGUGGGAGCUUGAAACUGAGGCUACAUUCUUAUGUCUCUUGUGCUCGAAGACUGAUAAUUUACUAACAGCAUUCUUUAGCCAUUAUAUGGGCUAUCACCAUUUCACACUAAAAUGCUUCGCCAGUGUAGUUUCUGGUAAAGAUCCACCAUUCCUUGUAAAGGGUGUAGAUGUAAGUUCACAGUUCAUAGACAAUGAAUUGAAAGGUUCAACAAGGUGCGGCUAUAUGGGAAUGGAUAUGCCAAUUAGUCUUGAUGAACCGGUACCUGAGCCGACAGCAGAAAUUAGCAAUGUAUCUGAUAUUAAAAAAGAAUUGGUGAGUGAUGAUGAUAGUAAGGUAGAUGAUGAAAAAAGUGAAGUAGCAAAUGAGGUCAAUCCAGAAAUUAUUGACUAUCCAGGUGUUGAGGACUUUGAUAUGACAUUGACUGAAAUAAUAUUAUUGGAAAAAUGUUUCCAUGAUUAUAUUACACAGUUGUUUAUGAGUAUAGACGAAAGAGUUGUACCUGAGGUAUCCAGAAUAGACUAUAAUAAUAAGACCGAGAUAAAGGAGGUGGAAUGUACAAUUUGCAAAGUAAAGUUUGAAGAUAUUUCAACAUUUACCACGCACAUGAAUAAAAUGCAUUCUAUCAAAACAGACCCACUCUAUUCUUGUAGGGUCUGUGCUACAACUUUCGACACAAAUCAUUCGUUGAAUGCCCAUGUUCUGCAGGAAAUGGGAGAGUUUGAAGAUUUAUGGAUUUGUCAGUUUUGUGAUAAGGAAUUUAAUAACCGUGAAGAGACAAGGCAACAUUUAUCCUUUCAUUGGAAUGAAUUGGAAUUUGAUAAUUGUUUUAGUCCCCACCUCGGUUUCAAAUGCAAGUAUUGUCCGACGUUGUUCUGGAAUGAACCGGAUCGCGAAUUGCACCAGAUCAAUUCACAUUUUGAUAAAUUUAAAGAGCACUUCUAUAAGUGUGAGGAGUGUUCAUUGAUUUUUGGUGAUAAGGUUUGGUUCAUUCAUCAUUACAUUCACAAACAUUACAAUGAAGAAACCAUAUCAAAGACAUACCUCCUCAAAUGUUGCCUGUGCUGUCUCAUUAUGUCCAGUGUGGAUGAUAUGCGUAGUCAUUUUGAGGAGUUUCAUCCAGAGGCGAGGAAGUUGUACUGUUCGUUGGAUACUUGCGAGUUCAGACCGUUAAGCGCUAAGAAGUCUUUAAAAGUUCAUGUUAAGACUGUCCAUGCUACUACCCGUGAUACCAAGCCUAAGAUUGUUAGCUGUCACGUCUGCAACCGUCAGUUCGCGAACGCCAGGUCUUGCAGCACACACGUGUCGCAGGCGCACGGUAUCGUUGGCAAGUUCAAGUGCAAGCUGUGUAAGGAUAUGCUGCAAACUGCUGAUGAAAGGAAGUUACAUUACCUACUGCGACAUCCAGGCCGACACCCUUUUGAAUGCACGGAGUGUGGGAAAUCAUUCCAAUACAAGUCCUCACUGUAUAUGCACAAACAGGACCAUUUGCCAAACAAGCAGAGCUAUACUUGUAGUUACUGUGGAAAGAUAUUCGCCAAAAAAGAUUCCUUUCGCGAGCACGUGCAAAUACACGAAGGGCCGCGGCACGCGUGCUCCUACUGUCCCAUGCGAUUCGUCCAACGCUCGAACAUGUUGCGUCAUGAGCGGCGACACACUGGCGAACGGCCGUACACGUGUCCGCACUGCCCGAAGACCUUCGCCGAUAAGGGUGCAUGCACAUCGCACGCUCGGACUCAUUCGAAGGACAGGUCCUAUGCUUGUCUGUAUUGCGGUCAGACCUUUCUACAGAAGUCCAAACUCAAUUAUCACAUACGACGUCAUACUGGAGAAAAUUUGGAAACAUGUACUGUAUGUGGGAAGAUAUUUACUAGUGCUUGUUCACUUCGCGAACACAUGAAGACUCACGCUGAGAAAAGUGACAAUUUCAAAUGUCCUUUAUGUGAUAAGCGGUACAACGACGAACGCUACAUGCUUCGCCAUCUGCGCUCGAUACACACAAACAGAACGUACAAGUGCCCCAUCUGCCCCAAGGCGUUGGGCAGUAUGACGGCGCUGAGGUACCACGUCAUGACGCACAGCACUCAGAAUCUCUUCCGGUGCAAAUGCUGCAAAAAGUCCUACAACGUUCGACGUACAAUGAUAAAGCACCUUCGAAAAAGGCAUGGACUAAACGGCAAUGAAGUGAACAUCAAAGACUACUACACGAAGCUGGAACCGCGCGAAUGUAACCUCAAACUAGAUGAAACAACCAUGACCAGCAUCUUUGGGCCUCCGAAGAGAAAAGUCCCGAACAUUAUUAACGACUUCCACUUCAAGCGAAUUAAGCUUGCAGAAAAACCAGAUCCCACCACGGACACAGAGCCCGGUGAUGAAGAGGAAGUUAACGGGGGUGAGCAAGAGACAGAAGUGAAUGUGAGUGCCUUGGAGCCGAUCACCCAAGUUGUAUGCAAACAGGAAGUGGUGGAUAAUGAUUAUGAGCUGGAGCCGACAGAUUUUGUCAGUGUUAAGAUUGAACCAAUGGACGACGAUGUUAAUAAAGAGUAA